GCCUCCCGGCACCCCGCGAGGAUAUAUUUUCGACGAUUGUCAAACGUGACGUGACGUGAUAAGCGAGUCAAUUGCAAGUUCGACUCGCGGUUCGCACUUUGUGAUAUCGCGUGCAAGAAUGGGAAUUUUCUUCGCUAAGAAAAAACAACCAAGUCGGGUCACUGAGCAGGACAAAGCAAUCCUGCAAGUGAAACAAACAAGGGAUAAAAUUAAGCAAUACCAGAAGAAAAUCGAGCAAAGUUUGGAGAAAGAACGAUUGCUUGCAAAGGAACUUUUGAAAAAUGGCAAAAAAGAUCGUGCAUUACUAUUGUUACGCAAGAAGAAAUAUCAAGAACAAGUUCUGACUCGUGCAGACGGUCAGCUAGAAAAUCUUGAGCGUAUGGUUCAUGAUUUGGAAUUUGCUCAAAUUGAGAUAAAAGUUGUUGAUGGCCUAAAAACUGGCAAUAUUGCAUUGAAGCAAUUACACGCUUUGUUGUCUAUCGAUGAAAUUGAAAAAGUUAUGGAUGAAACGAGAGAGGGCAUCGAAAAGCAAAGAGAAAUUGAUGAAGUAUUGACAUCAACUUUCGCUAUAGAGGAAGAAAUUGACGAGAGUGAAAUUGAAGCAGAAUUGGAUGCAUUGAUGGAAGCAGACAUCAAUGAGAAAGCUCCUGAAAUACCAAAGGAUGUUUUAUUACCAGAUGUACCAAAGGAAUUACCAGAAGAAGAGAAAAGUACGAAAGAAAAGAUUCAAGAGCCGAUUGCAAUAAUGGCAUAAAACUCAGGAAUUGAUGGACUUUUGUUGAAUUAAGAUUUUGUGCAAUGAAGUAUGUAUAUAUGUACAGUAAAUAACUCAUAUAUAUAAGUAUAGUUUAUAAAGUUUUAUCUACAAAUCAAAAUUUUAGUAUAAGUAUUACUUUUCAUCUUAUUGUAUACGAUAAAAUAACGCAAUGUACAUAUUAUCCGAAUAUAAAAAUGCAGUAAUGGAAGAUGUAUGGAGUAAAUAAAUAAGUUUUCCAUG